AUGUUGGACCGUCGGGGGCCCACCCCAUCAUCCGGCCCCCCGGAAAAUCGACCCGCCGAACCCCAGCCACAGCCCGAGGAGUUUAUGGGGAUAUUUUAUGGAGGAGAAGACGUUAACGACGAACUAACCGAAGACGACACUAACCAAAUCCAAGCUAACGACAGUAACAACGACGAUACUAACACGACCCAGGCAGAAGAGGGGCCUGCGCAGCCCCGUUACUUCUUGCGCAGGCCCCAUGUCCCUACGCAGCCGAGGCAGCAACGUGAGCCGCAGGUAUUCCGGCCGCACAACAUUGAGCAUCUGCGGCCGGAACAUCAGGCCGAGCUAGCGGCACCAGAGUCGGAAGCCUACCACAUAGGCGACGACAAGAAGAUCUGUAAGUUUCUAUUGAAUGAUCAUUUUUCAUUAGAUUGUUUGAGGUAA